AUGGAGGUCGGGCUGCUCAAGCGGCUGAACCACCCGAACAUCGUCAUGCAAUUCUGCGACGGCGGCGACCUGUCGGGGCAGAUCAAGACGGCGGCGCGGAACCGCAAGCUCUUCGCCGAGUCGAAGAUCCUGCACUGGUUCGUGCAGAUGGCGCUCGGCCUGCACUACAUGCACGCGCAGCGGGUCCUGCACCGCGACCUCAAGACGCAGAACAUCUUCCUCACGGGCAACGGCCGGCUCGUGCUCGGCGACCUCGGCAUCAGCAAGGAGAUCUUCAAGAACAAGCCGUACUCGUACAAGUCCGACAUCUGGGCCCUCGGCUGCGUGCUCUACGAGAUGACGACGCUGAACCACGCCUUCGACGCCAACUCGCUCAACGGCCUCGCGUGCAAGAUCAUCAAGGGCCGCUACCCGCCGAUCGCGAGCCGCUACAGCAAGUCGCUCCGCGACCUCGUCUCGGGCAUGCUGUCGACGAGCCCGUCGUCGCGGCCCCAGCUCGAGGCCAUCCUGCGCAAGCCCUUCGUGAAGAAGCACAUCAAGGACUUCCUCACGGACAUCGCGAACCGCGACGCGGGCAAGAUCGGCGACGGGACCAUGGCCGUCAAGGCCGCGGCGCUCUGCGUCGUGACGGACCCGGCGAACGCCGUCGCGGGCAUGGGCGCGGACGCGCGGGCCGCGCACGCGCGCGCGGCGGGCAGCGCGGACGUGAGCUCGCUGCGGAGCCAGCUCGACUCGCUGCAGAUGGGCGACGUCAUCGCCGCGGCCUUCGAGCCGCCGAAGCGCGGCGACGCGCCGCUGAACGCGGCCCAGGCGGAGCGCGCCGCGCGCGAGCAGGCCGCGGCGCUCCGGCGCGAGGAGGACCGGCGCCGGUCCGUGGAGACGGCGCUCGCCAAGCUCAAGAAGGAGCGCGAGGAGCGGCUCCGCGACCGGGAGCGGCUCCGCGACGAGGCGCGCAAGCGCGCGGAGCGCCACCGCAAGCCGCCGCACCGCAACGGCGCCGCGCGCAAGCCGCCGGGCUGGGGCCGGCCGCCGCCGCGCCAGGACGCGAACCUCCGCGGCGCCGCGCGCCGCGCGAGCGCCGUCGGCCGGCCCGACGACGGCAUCCCCCGCGCGCCGGAGCGGCACCACCGCGCGCGCGCGUCCGAGCCCGCCCACGGCGCGCGCGACCGCGACCGCGACCGCGACCCGCCGCGGCGCCGCGUCCCCGGCGGCGGCGGCGGCGCCGCGGCGCCGCGGCGCGACGACGACGCGCAGCGCGUCGCGGACCUCGAGCGCUGGGAGGACCAGCAGCAGCGCGCGGAGCGCGACCGGCGCCAGCGGCGGCCCGACCACGGCAAGCCGGACCGCGCGGCCGACGCGCGCGCGGACCGCGAGAACGCGCGGCCCGGCGGCGGCGCGCUCCACCCGCGCGGGGUCGUUCCCAUCAAGGGCGGCGGCGACCGGCGGCCCGCCGACCAGCGGCCCCUCGGCGGCGCGGCCGCGCGCGAAGCCGCGCGCGAGGCCGAGCGCGCGCGGCAGCGCGAGGGCCGCCGCGAGGUCGAGCGCGAGCUCGAGCGCGAGCGCGAACGCGAGCGCGCGCGCGCGCGCGAGCAGCACGUCCUCGACGCCAUCGACGUGCACCCGCGCCACCCGGCGCCGCGCGGCGACCGCGACCGCCGCGACUCCUUCGAGGCCCGAGACCGCGACCACCGCCACGACCCGGCGGCCGCCGUGGACCGCGCGCGCGCGGCCGCGCGCGAGGGCGCCGCGGCCAAGGCGCACGCCGCGGCCGCGGCCGACGCGCGGCCCGGCGACCGCCGCUCCGCGGCCGUCGCGCCCUGGCCGGGGCCCGCGGAGAGCAAGCCCGCGGACCGGCGGCCCCGGGACCGGGCGCCGGCCAAGGCCGAGGCGAAGCCCGCGUUCGAGGCCUACGACGACGCCGCGCCGCCGCCGCGGCGGAGCCUCGAGCGGUCGCCGCGCGCGCCCGCGCCGGCCGUCGCCGAGCCCAUGGAGCCCCGCGAGACGGGCCUCAGCGCCCGCGAGCGCGUGCUCCUGCGCAAGCAGGAGGCCCAGGCCGCCAAGGAGGCGGAGCGCGUCGCGCUGCUCAACGAGGCGCGCGCCGAGUCGCAGGCGCUCCGCGAGCAGGCCAAGGCCAUGCACCACGGCAUGUACCGGUCGUCCCUCGACCCCGCCGUCGGCGCCGCGCCCCGGACGACGCGCCGCUCCGAGGCCAAGCUCGACGUCGAGUCGCCCGAGUACUACGAGUACCGCGACGACGACCGGUCGCCGCUGAGCGACGCCAAGAGCAGCCCCAAGGACGACGAGCCCGACCGGUCGCCGCCGCGGCGCCGCUUCGACGACGGCGCCGACGACGCGCCGCGCGCGCCGGGCGGCCGCGACGCGCGCGGCGGCCGCGGCGACGACGACGGCGACGACGUCGACGAGGUCGACCUCGCGCUCGCGGAGAGCGACGACGACGACGGCGACGACGACGAGGGCGAGCAGAUCGGCUGGGCCCAGCCCGACCCGGACAAGAUCGAGGACGCCGAGGACGACAUCCGCAGCCGCGAGGAGCAGCUCAAGGCCGAGCUCGAGCUCACGACGCAGCGCUGCGAGGAGCUCCGCAAGACGCUCCACGACACGAAGAAGUACAUCGCCACGCGCACGGGCACGGUCAAGCUGCAGUCGCCGACGCACGCCGCGCCCGAGGCCAAGCUCGAGUCCGCGCGCUUCGCGCAGCCGCCGCCGCUCGACGAGGAGCCCGACGGCGCCGCGUCCUGGCGGAGCAAGGUCACGGAGGAGGACGACGACUGCCUCUACGAGGAGGACGAGGAGGACGACGAGGACAUGGUGCCGGUCCAGACGCGGCUCCCGCCGCCCCAGCCCGCGGCGUCCGCGAGCCGCCCGGGGCCCAUCGCCGCGAACCUCACGCCCCGCGGCGCCGAGCACGAGCUCACCGACGCGCCGUCGCCGACGGGCCGCCUCGCCGCGCGCGCGCCGCGUCCCGCCGAUCGCAUCCAGCUCCUCCGGCAGCGCUGCAUCAAGGCCCUCGGCUACGACCAGUUCCAGGCCGCGCACGCCUUCCUCAAGGCGGCCAACGACGCCGACGACGACGUCGUCGACGACGACGACGCGCUCGAGGCCGGCGGCGAGCAGUUCGGCGGCCUCCACGACUCCGACGAGCAGACGCAGGCGAGGCUCGUGCAGAUCCUCGGGCCGGACAAGGUCCACUUCUCCUCGCUCAUCGACCAACUCAUCUUCAUGGAGGACUCCUUAUGA